CAACAUGUGCCACUAUGAAGUGGGCUAUCUGCGAUGGACCCCCAUGUUCAUGUACUCUUCUGGUUGGUAAUGGUACAAAACAGCCCAUAGACUGCACAGCAUUGAUCCCCAAGUGCUUCUUGAUGAAAGCUGAAAUGUACAGAGCUAGAAGGGGCCUGAGCACUCGCAGUAUUGGAGGAAAGCAACAUGAGACCGCCAUUGUGGACAACGAUGGCAUCUAUGACCCUGAAUGUGAGAAUGACGGCAAAUUCAAGGCCAAGCAGUGCAACAACACAAAUGUGUGCUGGUGCGUCAACAGCGCUGGAGUCCGUCGAACUGACAAGGGAGACCAGACCCUCAAGUGUGAGAAGCUGGUGGAGACCUACUGGGUCCGUCUUCAGCUGACACACAAGGAGGGGCCCACCAACGUGAAUAAAGACAAUUUGAAGGCUGCUAUUGCGACUAAACUUAAAAAGCGUUACCAACUUGACCGCAGCCUGGUGAAGGAGGUUCAGUAUGACCCAGACGCUCGCAUGAUUGUGGUUGAUGUGACUAAGCCAAAAGGAGAGCGCAUCAGUGACCUGUCCAGAAUGGCCUACUACAUGGAGAAAGACGUGAAGGCGCUGCCACUGUUUACUGAGCAGAGGACCUUUACUGCUUCUGUGGAUGGGCAGACUCUGAUGAUGGAGAAGAUCAUCGUGUACUAUGUGGACGAGGAGCCCUCGACCAUGACCAUGAAGCACCUGACAGGUGGGAUCAUCGCCGUCAUCGUGGUGGUGGUGCUGGCUGUGAUUGCUGGCCUGCUGGCUGUGAUUGCUGUGUUCUUUGUCCAGAAGCGACAGAGGAAGUACAAAAAAACUCAGCAAAGAGAGAUGGAGCAAAUGUAAAGCAGAGAGAGUGUG